AUGGUUAAAGAGCUUGAGGGGACAUCAUUAUUCCAGAAGCAAUAUUACCAGACAACAAUCCUCUCUGAACACACAGGACUGUGCAGUUCAAAUGAAGAAUUCAAAAAUGCAAUGGAUAUUGCUUUUGGUAUUUCUCCAUUUAUAUAUUUUCUAUUUGGGGAUGUUCACAGAGUAUCAUAUACCAGUGCCAUAUAUCAUGCAGGAAAUAACACAAUUUUUGCAUUUGAUCCACAUUCAAGAAAUCAGAAAGGCCUUCCCUCACCUAAUGGAUCUGCAGUCCUUCUUCGUUAUAACAAUUUCCAUUCCCUUCAUCAGUAUUUAUCUGACCUAUCCAAAGCAGUUAGUGCUGAUUAUUAUGAGAUUGUAGCAAAUAAAGAGGCAACAAACAAGAGAGAAAAAAGAAGAAAAUUAGAUAAAGAUGCAAUCAGGAAAGUGAGAGAAAAAGAGAAAGGUUUACGAAAGAAAAGGAGAGAGAAAAUGAGUGUCGAAAAACUGAGUUUAAUCAAGCAAAAGGAUACAAGCGCCAGAAAGGAAAAAAGGCAAAUAAUGAGUAAAGAAGAUUCUGAUAAAAUCAAACGAAAGGAGACAAGCUCCAGAAAAAAGAAAAGAGAGUGCAUGAACAAAAAAGAUUCAGACAAAAUUAAGCAGAAAGACACAAGCUCCAGAAGAGAGAAGAGAAAAAGUUAA